AGUGAUAUGUACAGAGUGAAACACUUCACCAACUAAUGGAAAAUUUUCGACUUAGCAUUAUUCUGUUUCAAAGUCUUAACUUUGCAUUCAAAGGCGUUGAAAAAUGGAGAAGGCACAGAUGCGAGUCCCCAGAAUUAAACUGGGUAGCCAGGGCUUAGAGGUUUCUAGGCUGGGAUUUGGAUGUGGAGGAUUAUCUGGAAUUUAUAAUGCUCCCCUUUCACAUGAAGAAGGGUGUUCAAUCAUUAAAGAAAUAUUCAAUAAGGGUGUCACCUUCUUCGAUACAUCGGAUCUUUAUGGAGAUAAUCAUGAUAACGAAAUCAUGGUUGGCAAGGCUUUAAAACAACUUCCCCGAGAACAAGUCCAGUUGGCUACAAAAUUUGGUGUUACUGUAUCUGAAGGGUUGGUUUUCGGGGUAAAGGGUACCCCUGAAUAUGUGCGAGAAUGCUGUGAAGCUAGUCUUAAGCGGCUUGAUGUGGACCACAUUGAUUUAUACUAUCAACACAGAGUUGAUACUUCAGUGCCAAUUGAAGACACUAUGGGAGAGCUCAAGCAGCUGGUAAAUGAAGGAAAGAUAAAAUAUAUUGGGUUGUCUGAGGCUAAUGCUGACACUAUAAGGAGAGCUCAUGCUGUUCAUCCUAUUACUGCUUUGCAAAUGGAGUAUUCCUUGUGGUCCCGUGACAUUGAAGAAGAAAUAAUUCCACUCUGCAGAGAACUUGGGAUAGGAAUUGUAGCAUAUAGCCCUCUUGGCCGUGGCUUUUUUGCAGGAAAGGCAGUGGUGGAGACGUUGCCUAGUCAGAGCCUUCUGACUAUGCAUCCCAGGUUCACUGGAGAAAAUUUGGAGAAGAACAAGCUUUUCUAUAAACGACUUGAUGACCUGGCUUCUAAGCAUGCAUGCACUCCUUCACAAUUAGCCUUAGCAUGGCUUCUCCAUCAGGGAAACGACUUAAUCCCCAUACCUGGGACUACUAAACUGAAGAACUUUGAAAACAACGUUGGAUCUCUGACUGUUAAGCUUACAGAUGAGGAUUUGAGGGAAAUUUCUGAAGCAGUUCCUGAUUAUGAAGUUGCUGGGACACGAGAGUAUGAUUGUUUAUUCUGGAACUCAAAUUUUUGAGUGUAUGGAGGUGCAGAAAUAAAUUAUGGAGGUGUAGAAAGAAACUGCCCGUGACCAAAUACUAUUCCAGGAUCAGGGCCGAUCCAAGGUGAUGAAUUACUUUUCGGCUGUUGCUUCCUGCACCACAUCAAAUUUCUCCUCCCACUCAAUCAAAAAGCUUCCUGGAAAAUGUUUUCGUAAAAGGAGGGGUUGAUUGAUUUCUGGCGAAAUUGUUUAUUUGUUUUUUCGGAAAAGAAAUUCUGGAGUUGAUAGGGUGUAGGAAGAAAAUGAUAGGGUACAGAAAGUAAUUGCCUUGCUUUUUUUUUACUUGAACAAAUACAGUAA